ACACACACACACACACACACACACACACACACACACACACACACACACACACACAAUAGCAGAGAUCGACACCAGCACAUCAAGAUCGUGUUUGAAAAUGUCAAAAGCUAAUUGGUGUAUCUAAUUGAAGUAAUUUACAUUUUGUUCAAAAGGUCUUCUCCACUUUGCUAACUGUAUUGUAAAAACACACCUCCUAAUGUGUCAUUGACACCACAAGUCAGCAGGAAUGAACAAUGUUUCCCAGCAGUGAUGCCAGAGAGGAAUAAAGUUACAGUUUCAAGCCCUUCGACUUGGAAGAUAAUUAGCUUAUGUUACAUUAGCUUUCUCUCUUUGCGAGAAAUGUAUUUAUUUUGAAUCUUUUGUUUUGAUGUAUUGAAACCCCACACUCAAAAGAAAGAUUUCCGUCAAACCCUGGUCAGUCUUCCUCAUGUCCUCCAUCCUGGUUAUCAUUGUAGGUAUAGAGUUCUGCAAGCAAGCUGUUUGCUGGUCAAUCCCUCAUCUUAUUUCCUAUGGCAACACAGACCUAAAGCUACGGCCAUCAUUGUGUCUUAAUGUCUUCCUGUGUCGUUAAGAGGGACAGAGUGCAUCAUCUAACAGGCCAUUAAAACUGCAGAUAACGCUUCUGGGAGGACAUUGUCUAGUCACCUGCUCCACAUUAUGGAUUGGAACAAGAUUCAAAGACUACAAAGUACACACACUUCCACCUUCAGGUGUUUAUGGAGAUACGCUUAUACACUUGAUGAUGAUGAUUCCACUUUGGUGAAUGUUAUCAGCCCAAAAAUACAUGCAUGUAAACAAUGAUUAUAUCACUGUGGUGUGUCUCAACACAACUCCCUAAUGCCCAGGUGCCAACGAUUUCAUAUGAAUAUUAAUAACAUAAACUUGUAUACUCUUAAUAAUACACACACGUGAUGUAUAACUGAUAAAUGGUUUAUAUCUCUAAGCAAACUUCACAAAAACCUAAAUAAAAAAACGAAUAUAAUUACCUGAUCCAAUCAUUCCAGAAUGUGGUAAGUAGGCCUAUGUACAGUACAAGAUUUAAAAUAGUUUUUAGGUAUAAUAAUGAUAUGUAUGAUGGAAUAAACUGAAACACUCACACACCACUUGCACACUUGCACCAUGUGCAUGCGCUCACACUUUACCACCAUUGUUUUUUUUCUUUUGGCUUUGUGACUCAGUCUGACACUCGUCUUAACAAAGUGGCACACUAUCAGCUCGAGGUGUGAGAAGGAGCACUGCACGCCGCGUCCUCGCGUGGCUCAAGUGCUUGCAUGAGUGACAGACUUGAUCACACAAUGGAUGACAAUUGUUAAGCAGAGGGCUUAGAUUUCAGCACACUGCCGCCGGUGUAAUUCCAGAAGGCUAUAAGGGCCUCCUGACGUCUACUAAUGGCUCUCUAUAUAUGCUGCCGGUGUCACAACGCCCACUGGGCCAGAGUACGGUGCCUUCGUACCAGCCUCCCUCCCCCGGUCCACCAGUGUCGCCAGGGGCGAGAAUGAAGAGCCACGGCGCCAGGAGCCUCAUUCUCAUCCUAUCCACCAUUUCCUAUUUGCUUGUAGGGGCAGCUGUGUUUGAUGCGCUCGAGUCGGAAAGGGAGAGCACACGAAAAACUGUUUUGGAGCAAAAGAUGAAGGAAAUCCGAGAUAAGUACGCGUUCACUGAAGGAGACUUCCAGCAAAUUGAAAGAGUGGUCGUUCAGUCUGAGCCACAUCGAGCCGGGCGGCAGUGGAAAUUCGCAGGCUCUUUUUAUUUUGCCAUCAGCGUUAUCACAACCAUUGGUUACGGCCACACUGUUCCCUGUACAGAUGCGGGCAAGGCCUUCUGUAUGAUUUACGCUGUGUUGGGAAUCCCUCUGACACUGGUCAUGUUCCAGAGCCUGGGCGAGAGGAUGAACACACUGGUGCGCAGCCUGCUUCGCCACGCCAAGCGCCUCCUGGGCCUGCGGGAGGUGGAGGUGUCCAUGUGCAACAUGGUGCUGGUGGGGCUGGUGUUCUGCAGCAGCACCCUGUGCGUGGGCGCCGCCGCCUUCUCCCACCUGGAGGGCUGGACCUUCUUCCACGCCUUCUACUACUGCUUCAUCACGCUCACCACCAUCGGCCUGGGGGACCUGGUGGCCCUGCAGGAGGGCAACGCCCUCCAGCGCCGGGCGCCCUACGUCACCUUCUGCUUCAUGUACAUCCUGGUGGGGCUCACCGUCAUCGGGGCCGUCCUCAACCUGGUGGUCCUGCGCUUCCUGACGGUCAGCGCCGCCGAGACCCGGGCCGAGGAGCGGGCGCGGCGGCGGGCGGAGCGGGAGUGCGAUGCAGAGCUGAAAGACACCGCGGCGGGGGAGACCCCGGACAGCGGCCCACGUCACCCCCUGUCCCUGCCCGUGGAGGGGGGCAGCAGCCGCACUCACCUCCUCCCCUCCUUCUCCUCUGCCCCUUCCUCAGAGGAGGGGGCCCCAGGCAACACAGUCGCUUCCUCCACCACCGACACCGCCCCCGGUAGGGGUGGCGGAGGUCUCCGCGCUCUGCUCUCCUGCAUGCGCUGUUGCACGGACACGGACCCCGGGUCGGCUCCGUCUCGCGGACACCCGUUUGGUUGUCAUAGCAACCCCAUCUUCUACAACUCCAUCUCCUACAGGGUGGAGCAGAUUGCCACAUCGUCUUCGGCCUUCGGCAGGGGUGGGGGUGGUGGGGCGGGGGGUCUCUACCUGGGCAAGAGAGGUCGGUACACCAGGAGAAAGUCUCUCUAGCUCCGGAGGGUUCGGACAUAUGUUGCUGUUAGUUUGGGCCACGUCGAAAGCUACAUCACCAAUCUGUUAAACGAUCCCAGAUACAAGUUAUUCACUUGACACGUGUAGAAUUAUUCUUUGGAUUGUCCACAUAAAACAAAGACAUACAUAUAUUUGUAAUACUGUGCUAUCUUGUUUUAUUGAAUUUAAGUCUAUCAAUUGUAUUUAAUUGAGGUAUAUUCAUAACUCUGGGAAGAUAGGCCUGCCGUGUAUAUUUAUUUGACCUUUAGGAGAUGGAUAUAAUAAAUGACAGACACACAGUAUGGGACUCCAUCAGAUAGGGUACGCUGAGCACACACAUAUAGGGUCUCAAUAUGGGAACCAAAUGUUGCCACUGUAUUGUAAAGAUUGCUUACACUCGGCAAUCAUUGGUGGGUCCCCCUUCUAAUAGGAAGUCACCCUCCACUGCUCUGCCCAGUUCCCUUAGUAACGCUUCUUUCCCCAAAGCCAGUGCAGUGGAAAGAACUGCUGUGUACACGCGGCUUCGGGACAGACGGGUGGAUGGGGAGCGCUUAGUCAACCUCUAUAGGAAGUGGAAGGGUCAAAUGGUUGAAAUCUAAUGAAUCAGAAAGAUUUAAAAGUCGACGGUUAUGUAUUUUCUAUUUUACAAUAUUUGCAAUUUCUCAAUACGUGUUGCAGUGUGGAGAAUCAAAAUAUAAUAAUUUUGUCACAUACAAAGUAUUUGAGACUUUUAUCUGUUAUUUUUUAGAUUUAUUUUUUAGAUUUUUAAAUGUAACAGGAGUUUAUACUGUACGAAUACUAGACUGAAUAAAUAUGACCAAUGUA